CUCCGUAUCCGCUUUCUUGUUGUAUGCACGCCCAGUUUCUGAAUAAUGAUAAUAAUGAUCAAGAUGGCUACUACGGAUGCCUCCUUGCGGUAGCUAGCGAACAGUUUCAUGGAAACAACUAAAACUACGUUUCCUGGUGAUUUAAACCCCGGUAGAUAGCCCUGGAGUUGCAAGAGACAUCACCCGUUUGACUGUUACACCGGAGAGGCUUUGAAAGUAAUUUUUACUAACCGCCAGAAGCUAUUUUUAUAGAGCUAGCAGAGCUAGCAGACUAGCUAGCUAGUUGUCGAACGUCUACAAUUUUAAGUCAGUCUCGCCCUCUUGUGCUUUUGUACUCGGGAGCGCGGCGGGAUCCAGGCCGAAUGGCCGAGCCUAGAAAGGUACCGUUCGUCACUAUCUCCUCCUUCAGCACCUCGCCACCCUCGGAGUCAAAGAAACGCCGCCAGGAAGACGAGGCCGAAGUCAGUUUUGGGAAAGAUGGAGGUGCAGGGAGUACGGCAACCGUGUCAGGAGGUUGCGGUAGUCCUUUCGGUAACGUGAAAGGUGGAGACGGGGAUUCUGGGGAACCGAAGCGGACGGUGCGUCUGAGCCUGAGCUUGUCCGAGCCAAGCGACAGAGGAUCCGCGGAGUUCAACUACAGCGAACUGGUCCAGUCCCCCGAACCCCAGGAGAAGGUGAGGAAGCCUCCCCCAGGACCUCCCAGAGGCCUGGCCCCGCCCCUUGACCCCGGCGACCCCUUCGCUGAUGAUGAGAAGGAGAGACAGGAAGUAGAAGCUCUUGCCAAGAAGUUUGAGAGGAAAUACGCAAGCCCCCCAGCACAUGGCAGCAUGGGGAAGAGGAAGAGGAGGGACCGCAUGCAGGAUCUUAUUGACAUCGGCUACGGAUACGACGACACGGACCCCUUCAUAGACAACUCUGAAGCUUAUGAUGAGCUGGUGCCAGCCUCCUUGAGCACCAAGCUGGGAGGGUUUUACAUCAACACCGGCACGCUGCAGUUCAGACCUGCCUCCGACUCUGACGGGGACGAGGAGGGCAAGGAGGGGGGCUGCUUCAAGAAGCUGAAGGAGGGUGAGGAACGAGGGAUGAAGAAGAGGAGGAGGAAGCAGGAUGGAGCUGUGGAGGAGAAGAAGAAGAACAGGCUUCCUAAACGGGGAGGGGUUCCUGUCCUGGGCGUGCACCGACCAGAGAAGAAGAAACGUAAGAAGCUGAUGAAGGACAGUCUAAACCUGGCGGCCAUGUUGAGACGCUUCUCCAGGGAGAAGGACCAGAUGAGGAGACGCCCCCCCGGGCCCCCGCGGGUUCCCCCCCGCGCCCCCCACCCCGACACUGCACAUGCCAGGCCCCCCGGCAACGACAUCGCCAUGGACGACCUGACCUCCGACCCCGCUAUGAUGUCGCUGCUAGGCUCGGCCAAUCACAACGAGAUUCUGCAGAAUAUGAUGGGAGAUCUGGACUUCUCCCUAUUAGACUCCUCCCCCAGCGCCGGCAGCCCCGCCCACGGGGAGAAUGGCACCCAGAGGGGAGGGGUGGGAGGGGGGAGGGUCCAGGGGGGAGGGAUGGGGGGGGUUAGAACCCAGGGGGGUGUCUUCCCUCCCCCCCCCCUGCCAGACGGCCUGCCUGCUCCCCUCAGCAAGCGCAUCGAGGACCUGAGAGUGGCCAGCCGCCAGUUUGACCAGGAGGGCAGGAAGAAGUUCUUCACCCUGGACAUGAAUAACAUCCUGUUAGAUAUUGAGCUGCAGGUGCAGGAGCAGCCAGCAGGGAUCAGGGCAGCGGUCUACUCUCACCUGGAGGCCUUCGUUCCCUGCAACAAGGAGGCUCUGCUCAAACGACUGAAGAAGCUCAGCCUCAACAUCCAGGAUGACCGCCUGCGUGCUCCCCUGUUGAAGCUGAAGCUGGCUGUGUGCAGUGUGAUGCCUGAGCAGAUCGCCAGGUACAACAUGGACUGCAUCGCCAAGGUGGCCAAGCAGCAGUCGGAGGAGGGGGAGAAGCAGGGAUCUGAGGAGGAGGACGAGGACAAGCCAGGGAAGAGGGUGAUGGGACCUCGCAAGAAGUUUGUCUGGGACGACAAGCUCAGGACUCUGCUGGGCACGCUGGUGCGGGUGAAGCUGGGCUGCUAUGAGCUGGAGGCUCAGAGCUCUGUGUCCCUGGAGGACUACCUCAAAGCCUUCAUGGAGACAGAGGUCAAGCCCCUCUGGCCCAAGGGAUGGAUGCAGGCCAGAAUGUUGUUCAAGGAGAGCAUCAUGGUCCAUGGUCACGUGACAGGAAAUGUAGUCAAGAAGAAGAUGGUCCCCACCCCCAAAGCAAAACCCAAGGAGGGCGUGUUCGUCCAGAGGCCUCAGGCCGUGUCCGGCACCCCUCCAGGCCCCCCUCGACGGGUCUCCCAGUCCCCAUCGGAGCCCAUCUGUGUGGACGAGGACCUGGCGCCCCCCUCCCUGGACUCCAUCUCCCAGGCUCUGGCACUGCUCAGCAGCGCUGCCAAGGGCCUGGUCCAGGGGGACAGCCCCCCCUCGGGGGGCCCCUCCCUCCUGGCCUCCUCUUCCUCCUCCCCCCUCCUGCAGCCACAACGUCACUAUGUCUCCUCCCCCUCCUCUCCUUCUCCCUCCAGGCCUCCCUCGGUCUCCUCCCUCCUGUCCUCUGGGACAGGGUUGAGUAAGGGAGGAAGAGGAGGAGUAAUGGGGGGAAGAGGAGGAGUAACGGUAGGAAGAGGAGGAGGGCUAACAGGAGGAGCAGCAGGAGGAGUGAGAGGAGGGGUGACAGGAGGAGCGAGAGGGGGGCUAACAGGAGGAGCAGGAGGGCUAACAGGAGGAGCAGUGUUGUCUGUGGCUCACAGAGCAUCAGUGCUAAACCAGAGACCCUCUGUCACCACCCUGGGGAAAACCCACCUCCCCACCUCCCCCUCCCCCCCCAAACCCCGCCCUCCCCCCACAUCCUCCCCCCUCGUCUCUCCCCCAGCCAGGCCCCCCCUCGUACCCUCCCACAAAGCCAGCAAUAACGUCAGAGCUAGCAGUGGGGACAGUUUCCUUUCUAGUUCCGCCCAGCCAUGCCCCCACUCUCUCGCUUCCCCCUCUCUGGUCCCCAACCGCUUCCCCCAACCCUCCCCCGCCCGUCUCCCCCAACCCUCCCCCCAACCCUCCCCCCAACCCUCCCCCGCCCGUCUCCCCCAACCCUCCCCCCAACCCUCCCCCGCCCGUCUCCCCCAACCCUCCCCCCAACCCUCCCCCGCCCGUCUCCCCCAACCCUCCCCCCAACCCUCCCCCGCCCAUCUCCCCCAACCCCGCUUCCCCCAACCCUCCCCCGCCCGUCUCCCCCAACCCUCCCCCGCCCGUCUCCCCCAGCCCUCCCCCGCCCGUCUCCCCCAGCCCUCCCCCGCCCGUCUCCCCCAGCCCUGCCCCGCCCGUCUCUCUGGGGUGCAGUCUACCUUCAUCACUCCCAUGCAGGCCAGCCACAGCAGCAACACCCCCAUCAUCAAACUCACCCCCCGUUGCCCCGCCCCCUCCUCCCCCGUCCCCAGACCUCAGUCAGCUCCCAGCAUGCACCAGUACUCUUCUAAGAGCCCCUCAGGGUUCAGGCCCACCUGCUCAGGUGCUCCAGGGUCCCAGACAAGCAGCAGUGCCAACACCAGCCUUAAUAACUCCUCACCAAUCAGCAAGCAGCAUUCAGGAUCAGGCUCCUGCCCUGCCGUGUCCUCGGCCAAUCAGGUACAGCGGUCAGUAGGCGGGACUACUCAGGGGGCUAAGCCAAUGACGUCUGUCUCCUCAUCAUCAGUCUCUUCUGAGUUACCGCAGGGCUUCAGCAUGUUGGGAGGGCUGGUCCCCCUGCCCUUCCAGUUCCCCUCCCUGCUGAACCUGCCCCCCCUGGCCACCAGCGCCCCCCCCAGCACCCCCUCCGCCACUGCAGCCAGCCAGGCCUUCUCCCUGACACAGAAUCUCUAUAAGAGUCUCCAGUCUGGGUCUCAGGUUGUGCCUCCUCACUUGCAGUUCACUUUCUCAGAUGUCAAUCAGAGCCAGGGAGGAGACAGGAAGUCCCUCUGACCCCGCCCACUACAUGACAGCUGCAUGACAAAUCAGGAACUACGAUGACUUUGAGUGACAGAUGAAUUGACCAACCACAGGAUGGGACUUGCGUCUUGUGAUGUCAGGAUUUUUAACUGUAAUUUUUUUAAGAAGAAUUUGAUAGUUUUUUAUUUUAACAGCUCAAUGACAAAUUCAGUUUUUGUCGAUGUUUACAAGGCAGACCUGUCACUGUGGACUGGGGGAGAAUAUUUAUGGAUGUCUGGAAACAACUCCCUUCACUCAUGACAGAAUGUGUGUGUGUGGACCUGUACAGGUCAGUUUGCUGUGUGUGCGUGUGUGUGUCUCCUCCGGUCACCUGGUCCCAUCUGUCACCUUGGUGCUGGUCGUUCUUUAAUAGAUGCUGUACAUUUUUUUUUGUACUGGAACUUUUCACCUUUUCCUUGUACAAAAAUUGAACUAUUAAAUGAAAUUAAACUGAUAACUGUU